AUGCCGCCGCCCUCGCAGCCCCCGCUGAGCGAGCUGCUGGCGCGCAAGGAGGAGGAGUGGCGGGCGCUGCGGGACUCGCAGGCCCAGCUGCAGGAGGCCGCCCUGCGGGACGCGCAGGCCCAGCUGCAGGAGGCGCGGGGCCAGCUGCGGGCCCUGCAGGAGGACUUCAUCUACAACCUGCGGCUCCUGGAGGAGCGGGACCGCGAGCUGGAGCUCCGUGACGCCGCCGUCGCCCGCGCGCGUGCCCUGGAGGAGGCGCGGCAGGCGGAGCUGAGCGAGCUCAGGGUCCAGGUGGCCAAGCUGCAGCAGGCGCUGGCCCGCGAGGCUCAGCGCACGGAGGCCCUGCAGCGGCAGCAGCGGCUGACCUGGCAGAAGCACCAGCUGGACCUGGACAGGCUGCACAGCGCCGGGGCCGGGGAGCUGGCGCAGCAGCGGGCGCGGUGCGAGGACCUGCGGCGGCGGCUGGAGAGGCGGCUGGAGGCGCUGGACGGCGACCUGGCGCUGCAGAGGCAGGAGCUGCUGCAGGAGUUCGAGGCCGAGCUGCGGAGGCGGGAGCUCGAGGCCGGCCAGCAGGCGCGCAGCAUGAGCGGCGAGGUCCUGGCCCGCGAGCUCGAGGUGAAGGCCCUGAGCCGGGAGCUGGCCGCACUGGAGGAGGCGCGCGCGCGGGCUGCGGAGACAGCACGGGGCUCCGAGGGGGCGCGCGCCGAGCUGGAGCAGGAGCUGCGGCGCCGGGAGCAGGCCCUGCAGGACCUGGCAGCCGCCAAGGACACCCGGAUAAGAGACUUGGAGGCGCGGCUCCAGGCCCUGCUGCUGGCCACGAGAGGGGAGCAGGAGACCCUCCGGAGCAGGCAUGAGGAGCUGGACCGUCUGGCCAGGGAGAGGGACGUGGCGCUGGCGGCGGCGAGGGGCGCCCAGGCUGAGCAGCUGCAGACCCUGGAGGCCGGGGCCCGGGAGCUGCAGGCCCGGUGCGAGGCCCUGGAGGCACAGCUCCGCGGGGCGGCGGGGAGGCAGGCGGACGCGGCCAGGGAGAAGGACGCCCUCAUCAAGCGGCUCCGUGAGGACGCGUCAGCACUGAAGUCCGGCUGGGACGCCCAGGUUGCCCAGCUGUCCCAGGAGAUGGUCUCCAAGGACCUGCAGGCGCAGGCACUGCGGGAAGAGGCCGCCUCGCUCCGGGCGCAGCUGGCCCAGAGCCAGCAGGACGUGGCCAGGUACGGGCAGCAGCUGGCCCUGGCGGCCGGCCGGGAGCAGAGCCUGCAGCGGGACAAGGCGCAGCUGGAGCUGGACUGGCAGCGGCGCUGCGACGGCGUCGAGCGGGACCUGCACCGGCGCGCGGAGGGCCUCGUGCAGGCGCUGAGCGCGGCCAGGGACCAGGUGGCUGCCAAGCUGGAGGAGACGGAGCGACGGCUGCGUGACCAGGAGGUGGUGCUGAAGGACUUGGCCCGGGAGCGGGACCAGGCCCUGCAGGCGCUGCGGACGCCCAGGCCGCUGCCUGAGGCUGGGGAGGCCCAGGCGCUCCCCGGGCGCCAGGACGGAGACCCCGGGGCGGCCGCUCUGCCCAGCAGCGAGGUCCAGCGGCUGCAGGAGCAGAACGCGAGUCUGCGGGGCGCCGUGGCCCAGAUGCGACGGGAGAUGGAGGCGCUGAGCGGCCAGGCCCUGCCCCCGCAGAGGCCCCCGGCACCCCCGCCGGCCCUUGCGGCAGAAAUACGAAGCCUGAAGCAUCGACUUAAGAGCCUGGAAGAGCAGCUGGGGCGCGUGCUGGGCCCCGCGGAGACGUCCCCGCCCGCAGCUGGCCCUGCCCCCGCGCCCGCCCCGCCGGCCGCCGCGGGCGCAGCCGAGCCGGCCAGUGCCGCACCCCUGGGCCGGGCGCUCAGGCGGCUGGAUGCCCGAGCGGGACUCCUGAGCCGGCUGCUAGUCCAGCUGCAGCAGCAGGUGCGGCGGGAGCCCCUGGACCUGGGCGCCGUGCGCCGGGAGCUGCCCCGUGAGGUGGACCAGGUACAGCUGGAGGUCAUGGAGCUGCGGGAGCAGGUGGCGGAGCUGCAGCGGCACCUGGGCACGGCCGGCGGGGCCCCUGGGACAGAGGCCCUGCUGGGGCCCCCCGCGCCCACACGGCCUGCCCGGCCCAUCCCGCAGCUGCAGCGGAAGCUGAAGGAGGCGUCCAGGGAGAUCCUGCGGCUGCGCCAGGAGAGGGAGCAGCUCCUGGAGUUGGGCAACCGGCUGCGUGCGGAGCGGGGCCGCCCGGCGGGUGAGGACCUGCACCCGGGGCCCUGCCUGGCCGCCGUGGGGAGCCCGCAGGUGCCCCGGCCUCUGGGGCUGGGCCUGGCGGGGGCGGCGGCGUUCCCGGGCCGUGCCGUGGCGGGAUCAAGGCGGCAGCGUGUCCCAGGCGGCCACCCAGAUGGCCGGAGGCCGCGGACCCCAGCCUGGGCGCUGGCUCCUGGACAGGGGCCGCCGCCUCGCCCCUCGCCCCCCACAGCGGCUCCCGAUGGCGCCCCCCCCCAGGGACGGCCCCCGCCCGCCUCUCAGGGGCGCCCCGAGGACCAUGAUCACCACACCCGGAGGCCCCCCUCCCUGGCCGGCAGUGCCCUCCAGGACACGUGGAAGUUACUGGACCUGGGCUCCAGCCCCCCCGGCCUCUCCUCCCAGGAGGACGCGGCUGCAGAGUGCGAGGUGCCUCCGGCGGCCGACCCCCCACAGCCCCCCGCUGGGAGCGCCGCCUGCCCUGGAGGGGCCUUCACCAUCAGAGGGACGAAGGUGGAGGCCCAGGCCCGGGCCAGGCCCGCCAGAACCUCCGGGGCACGUCCAGCAAGAACUCAGCACUGCCAGCGGCCCCCCAGGAUCCGGAACUACAACUUGAAGGACUGACCUGGCCGGCCCAACCCGCUCCCUGCCCCCGCUCCUGGGCAGCCAGUGCCUCCUCCUCGCUGACCAUUAAAGCUGGCGUCCUGCAGGCUGCUGUCUCGCUCGGCGGGCCGGCCGCGGGGUCACA